AUGGAUGCUAUGCCGUCGGACGCCGCCGAGGGCUUUUCAAGUCCUUAUGCAGCACAGGCACCGGGCACAAUGGGAGUAGAUAUGGAAACUAUAACUGGGAGUGUAGCCUCCGCAGCACCAUUUGUGCGAGUGGAUGGACCCAGCAAGGCUCACCUAUUCAUAGAUCCCCCGAAGUUUGAACUAGAAUCAUACAUUGCAAACUACACAGGUCGAACCAGAUUCAACCGUCUGUUUCUCAUAGGCACUUGCUCCACAUACCUUUCCGUCGAAGCCCUCAAAGCAGCAGUCGCAGAGGCAAAGUCUGGGAAAGAUGUCUCUCGAUAUGAACGUGCAGUUCAAGCGCUUGCGGAAGCCGCUCCCAACGAGGCUGAGGCGGCAAUCGAUAUGGAUUGGGCGGAACGUUUGCACAAGGUUGUCAAGACCGAGACGGACCGGCUGGAGCAUGAACUCAGAGGGUAUAAAAAUAACCUGAUCAAGGAGAGCAUUCGGAUGGGAAAUGAGGAUCUUGGGCAGCAUUACCAUCAAAUCGGUGACCUUGUCUCGGCCUUCAAAGCCUACUCCCGGAUGAGGGACUAUUGCACAACUCCAAGUCAUAUCGCCUCUAUGUUGUUCAAGAUCAUCAAUGUGGCCAUUGAGCGUGGAGACUGGUUAAGCGUGCAAUCACACGUAUCUCGACUACGCGGGCUGCAGUCGAAACAAGAAGAACAGGCCAAAAACCAACCAAAGAUGUCGGCGGCUAUGGGUUUGUCACAGUUGCACUCUGGGUCUUACCUAGAGGCGGCGAACAGCUUCUUAGCCACAGACCCCAGCCUGAGCGAUUCCUACAACGAGGUCCUCACAUCCAACGAUGUGGCAGUCUACGGCGGUCUCUGCGCCCUAGCAUCCAUGGACCGUAAUGAGCUCCAACGCCGCGUGCUCGACAACAACUCCUUCCGCAAUUUCCUAGAGCUAGAACCCCACAUUCGCCGAGCUAUUUCUUUCUUCUGCAACUCCAAAUUCAGACCGUGCCUCGAGAUCCUCGAAGCAUACCGCGCCGACUACCUUUUGGACAUCCACCUUCAGCGCCACGUCCAGACCCUAUAUACCCGAAUCCGAACCAAAUCUAUACAACAGUACCUCAUCCCGUUCAACCGCGUUUCACUCGACUCCAUGUCCAAGAUAUUUGUCCUCGGAAGCAGGCCCAACCAGCCAAGCGAAACAGACUCCAGCUCGCCGUUCGUCCAGGAACUCAUCGGCCUAAUCCAGGAUAGCACGCUUGACGCGCGAAUCGACCUCGAGAAGCGGGUCCUUGUCUCGAGUCAGGAUGACCUACGGAUGGAAGUACAGGAAGCAGCACUAGAUAGUCUAGAAAACUACGUAAAGGAGGCGCAUCUUCGCUUGUUGCGAGCGAAUAUUAUCCAGGCGGGGCUGGAGGUGCGGGCGCUGCCUGAAGAGAAACGCUCCAAAUUGGAGGAGCGGGGUGGAAGGAAGGGUGGAUUGGGAGGCAUGUUUUCUCGGGGUUCCAGCAUGAAGGGGUGAGUGAACCUAUAAUUCGGUAGCAUUAGGUCGGAGACAACUACUAGUUAGUAUAUGAAUGGCUGGAUCAUGAAUUACAACGGAAAGCAGUCAGUCAACUUCACACAUCAAUUCUGGCGAUCUUCUUAAUGUAUAUAUAUAAAUAACUAGGCUAGUUAUAUAGUUAGUGGAGAAUAUCAACAUGAUUGACCGAAC